AUCGCCUUCCCCGGGGGGGAGCCGGACCCAGCCCCCAAAUUCCCAGCUCCCUCCAGCUCAGCCCCACCUCCAGCCCUCAAACUCCCAGCCCCAGCCCCAAAUUCUCAGCUCCAGUUCCAGCCCAAGCCCCAAACUUCCCAUCUCUAGCCCCAGUCCCCAGCACCCAACCCCCCAGCUGCUGCCCCAUUUCCCAGCCCCUGCCUCCAGCCCCCCAGCCCCUAGCUCUUAGCCGCUGCCCACAGCGCCCACACCCCCAUCCCCAAGCCUCCAGCCUUAAUCUCCCUGUCUGGCCCAGCCAGGCUGCAGUGGAAGCUGUGCAUGCUCACUGCAGAGGGGAGAUGGCUGCAGCGCCAGCGCCAGCUCAGGACCCGGUGUCUUUUGAGGACGUGGCUGUGUACUUCACUGAGGGGGAGUGGGUGCUGCUGGGUGCCUCACAGAGAGCCCUGUACUGGGAGGUCAUGCGAGACAACUACGAGGCUGUGGCCUUGCUGGGCUUCCCCAUAUUCAAGCCUGUCAUGAUUGCCCAGCUGGAGCAAGGGGAAGAGCCCUGGGUCCCGUCCCCCCCAGGUGCUGAUCAUCAGGUGGAGAUGGUGCCCAGAGACACCUGUGCAGCACCUUUGGGGACCCAGAACCCACUGGUCCCUGCAACUGAGAAUGGAGAUGAGAGUCCCCAGGAGCCAGGAUGGCCCCCCAAGGGCCCUGCUGAGCGCCCCCACGCCUGCCCAGACUGUGGGAAAGCCUUCCGGCUGCGCUCCCAGCUGGCCACACACCAGCGCGUGCACACCGGCGAACGCCCCUUCUCCUGCGAGACCUGUGGGCGCUGCUUCUCCCAGAGCUCCAACCUGGCCAAGCACCUGGGCACACACCGUGGCCACAAGCCCCACGCCUGCCCGGACUGUGGGAAGGGCUUCAGCCAGCGCUCGUCCCUACUCACCCACCAGCGCCUGCACACGGGUGAGACCCCCUACCACUGCCCUGACUGCGGCCGUGGCUUCCGCGUGGGCUCACAGCUGGCCACACACCAGCGCCUGCAUGCCGGACGCAUGCCCUACCGCUGUGGGGUCUGUGGGAAGAGCUUCAGCUGGAGCCGGCACCUAGCUGCCCACCAGCAGCUGCACACCACUGUUGGCACGCCUUGUGAUGGGGCAGCAAGCACAGAGGAAGACCUGGAUGAGAAAGAGGAUGCCCAGGCGGCUGCAGUGACCACAGUGGACCCGGAGAGGCCAUACCGCUGCCGGGAUUGCGGCAAGGCCUUCGGGCAGAGUGCACACCUGCUGCGGCACCAGACGGUGCACACUGGGGCACGCCCAUACCGCUGUGGGGACUGUGGCCGUGGUUUCGGGCAGCGCUCGGACCUGACCACGCACCGGCGCCAGCACACGGGUGAGGAGCCGUACGCCUGUGGUGACUGUGGGCGCCGCUUUGCCCAGAGCUCCAACCUGCUGCGGCAUCAGCGGACGCACACGGCCGAGGCCCCCUUUGCCUGCUCCUGCUGCCCUCGGCGCUUCCGGCGCCGGGCCCACCUCCUGGCCCAUGGCCGCACGCACACCGGCGAGCGUCCCUACUGCUGCGGGGACUGUGGCCGUGCCUUCCGCCAUGCCUCCCACCUGCACCGGCACCGGCGCGGGCACACUGGUGAGCGCCCCCACCAUUGCCCCGACUGUGGCCGCAGCUUCGGUGUCCGCUCCACCCUGGUGACCCACCGGCGUGUACACACCGCUGAGCGCCCCUAUGCCUGCGAGGACUGUGGCCGCCGGUUUGCUCAGAGUGCCUCGCUGCACCGCCAUCGCCGCACCCACACCUGCGCCCGGCCUGGCCGCCGUGGCCCUCACCUGCUGCUGGAAGGUGGGGAUUGCACCUUCAACCAGAGCUCCGACCUCUUGCAGCACCAGUGCCCCACACAGGCCCCCGCCGGCGGGGACAUGUCAUAACUGCAGCCUCCUCUUCCUUGCCUGUGCUGGGACAGGAGAAGGAGGGGACUGCUCUCUGGUGAAACCAGCCAUGACAUCUUGGGAGAAACCCAGUCUCCCAGGUGCUGCAGCUGCAGGGUGGGGAGCUCUGGAGGCUUUGCCUUUUGUACAGACAUACCAUAACCAGUGCUCCUCUGCAGCCUUCUCUUCCUUACAGGAGAAGCAAGGGACAGCUCUCCGGUCACCACGGCCAUGACUGCUUGCAGGGGGAAACCCAUUCUCCCAGGUGCUGUUGCUGAUUCAGCCCCCCUCGGGCUGUAUUUAACCACUUAACAGUGCCCCCUGCUCCACAGAGUGGCUACGUGAUGCUAGGAACAGAAGUGUGGCCUGGUUCCUGCCCUGAGACCUCUUGUCUCCCCCUUGCCCCCGGUCAAUAAAAACCC